CACUCAUCAACCCGCUGGUCUGCUGACGGCCACGCGUCUCUCAUCCGCAGCGAUGGCGCCCUCCGAGGCGGUGCGUGCCGCGCGACGCCCGUCGCGCUGGCGACGGCUGCCCGUGCUGCUCAGCGUGCUGCUCGCCGUCUUCCUGGCGCUGCACCUGGUGCGCUCCUUCGUGCAGCUGCCACGGCGCCUCUGCCUCGCGCAGCGCUGCCGCAUGUCGCGCAUGUGGCCCAGCUACGUGCGUGUGCCGCUCUCCAGUGCCUCGCCGUCCGGACUCGACCGCAAGUACACGCUGCGCCUCUACCGCGAGCGCGCGCCGGGCACGCCCGGCCGGCCAGCGCACGGAGCGCCGGCGCUCUUCGUGCCUGGCAACGCGGGGAGCUUUGGGCAGGUACGCAGUGUCGCGAGUAUGGCCGAUGAGUUGGCGCACCCGGACAGCGGACAGGCAAUGAGAGAGGUGGAUUGGUACACUAUCGACUUCAACGAAGACUUCUCCGCCUUUCACGGUGCCACGCUGCUCGAGCAAGCGACGUACAUCAACGAGGCGCUGCUGCAUCUGCGCAGCCUCUCGCACGGGCAGCUCAUCCCGCUGCUGGCGCACAGCAUGGGCGGCAUCGCCGCGCGCUUGGCGCUCCUGCAGCCGAACCACCCGCACGGCAGCGUCGACACACUCAUCACGCUCUCCAGUCCGCACGCCUAUCCUCCUGCCCCGUUUGACGACUCGAUCGAAUCGCUCUACAGUGCACUCUCCUCGGCCGCGCGCGCAGAGCUAGUAGCAUCGAACAGCGCGUCACAAGUGCUACUCAUCAGUCUCACCGGCGGUCUGCUCGACACGCAGCUUCCCGCCGAGCCCGCCUCACUCGACCUGGCGCGUCUCUGGCCCGCACACGCAAGGCUGACGGGCUUCACGAGCGCCAUGCCCGCGCUGUGGUCGGGCGUCGACCACCUGGCCAUGAUGUGGUGCGACCAGCUGCGCACGCGUAUUGCACGCGCAGUGGCGCUGGAUGCGAGUGUCUCGAGGGCUGGAGAGGAGGGAUUGAGACGGCGACGCGCUCAUUGGGCCGAGAUGCUUGGCCUGCCGCUCCCGUCGCCGGACAGCGCAUCGAUGCUUGGACCUGAGCGCGACGUCGCCCUGGACGGUUUGCACAACGCCACGGGCGUUCAGGUCUAUGCAGUCCCUCUGGGUUCAAAGCACAGCUUCGACCUCAUCACGUCCCACAUCGUCGCCGGCCAAAGCGCCGGCCUGCUCGUCGAAGUGUGCCAAAGUUCUCCAGACGGCCACGUCCGAUGCCGCAGCGUCCUGCCCUCCGCCUUCGGAAUGCUUCCGCCUUCGCCGCGUCUCUCGCAUACCACCGUCUCGCCGAGCUGCGCCGGCAGCGCCUUCCCCAUCGCCGAGGAACGCUACGAUGCGCCGGGCGCAAGUCUUCAUCGGCUCUCGCUGCCUGCACGCCUGCUGUCGGGCGACGGAGAGCGCUGGGUUCGAGUCAGCGAGCGCUCCUCGGACGGCGCUAGCUCGGGCCGGUGGCACAGCGGCGGCUGGACAAGAGACGCAUCGCUGAUCACUGGAUCACCAUGGCGGCCCGGCGGUCUCAUGCUGCCACUCGAGGCAAUCUUCUCGAGCCCACUCAUCAAAGUCGUAGCGCCAAGCCUGGACUCCUCGCUUCUCGCAUACACGCUCCAUCUCGAGCCCGACCCGACCUGCGACGCCAGCGCUCUCAUGAUUGCGCCGCUGCUGCGCGUCUCGCACCGGACGACGGGCGAUGCUGCUUUGUUCCCUCAUCUCUCGCCGACGACUUCGAUAGUGCUGCCCCUGGCGCUACACGGCACAUCGCCUUACAUGCCCGCAUCUCCCACAGAGGGCAGAGGCAUGCUCUUUGAGCUCUGGGCGCCGACUGCAGCUGAUGGCCCGGCCAAGUGUGCACGUCCAUUCUCGGGCAUCAGAGUCACUGUGGAUUGGCAAGCCAGCGCAGGUCUACUGCUUAUGCGCUACCGCAUCGCGCUGGGCAUCUUGCCGCUCGCGGUGGUUCUCGCGACUGCAGCGGCUUCGUGGCAGACGUGGAACGACGAAGGUGUGUUCCCUUCCAUCGUCACUCAGCUCCUCUCGACUCGCAGCAGCGGACUUCGCUCCCUCAUCGCCGCCUCGCUCGCCCUCUCUGCGCUGCAAGCCGCCUUGCUCGCUCUGCAAGGCAGCGACGUCCCUUCCUCCUGGCUGCGCGACCUUUCUCUCGGCCUCAGCGGCGUGCCCUUGGCCUUCAGUCUCAUCCUCGGUCCUCUCUUCCUCCUCAUCGCGCACGCUCUCGUUCUUUGCGUCGCUCUCUCACUCCGCGCCGUCGUCACAAGCACGGUGCUCGCGCUCCGCGCUGCUGGCUUGACUCGCUUCGCACAGUGGAGCGGGCCAGCGCCGAGCCGCCUUCAGACAAAGAAAGGCACAUGGGCGAGCAUUGCGGCCCUACUGCUCGCGGUGCUCGGCUUCCUGCCUUAUCAGUUCGUCUAUCUGGUUGCAUUCGCCAUGCAGCUGCUCGCCGUUGUGCGCUCGAACGCGUCGCUAGUGGAUGACCAGCCCGACUACCGCGCUCUGCCGGACGACGCAGGCCGAGGCAAGGCCUCGUCGCCAGAGGACUCGGACGAUGCUAGCGACCUUCGCAAGCCUCUCGCCUCCGACGACUCGUUCGCAGCCUCGCGCGAGGCGCAGCACUUGCUGCUGCUCAACAUCAUGGCCUGGCUGCUGCCGCUCAAGGCGCCUGUGCUCGUCGUGUGGGUGCGCAACCUGCUCGUCGGCUGGCGCGCACCUCUCGGCGGCGCGGACCACAACCCACUGCGUGUGGCUGCCGUGCUGCUGUUGGUGCAAGUCGUCUCGAGUGGACGCGUGCUGGAGCGCGCACAGAGCCGCCUCGAGGGCCGCAUCACGCAGGCGAUGUUCGCUGCCUGCGCCUGCUACACACUGGCGUGGGGGCCGCGACACGCCUACCGCAUCUACACGCUCGCAAACGUGCUCUUCGCCGGGCUGCUGCUGGUGCAUUUCCGCGCUCGGCGUGCCGGCGUCUCGUCGCCUCUGCCGCGCGCCUACCCGCUGCAUCUCGCCGACCGCAGCGUGCGGACAACAGACGAGCGCUAGGCGAGACCUCCAUCCUGUAUAAUUACACACUCAUGCUGCCCCUGACACCCCUUCGCCACGUCACU